AUGACACAAGUAUCACCUUCAAAUAAAAAGGUCAAUGAUUUUCUUUCAAGUUUAUCUCAAUUAUCUCAAGAGAGAUUACGGGAAGAUCAGCAACGACAAAGAAAUUUACAGAGAAAUAUUGAUGAAUUACAACUGAGACUGGCCAGCACAUCACCUAGCAAAUCUUCCAUAUCAACUACAAGUUCUACAUUGGCAACAUCAUAUUACGGUUACUCUGUUCCCGAUUUAAAGUUUAACAGAAGUAGAUUAACUGUUGAGAACACCAAAGAACAAACAAAACACAAUGAAAAGGUCUAUGAAGAGGAAGACGAAGAAGAAGCACCAAAAUUACCACAACGACCCAUAAACCAUGAAACAGCUACAAAGAACCCACCACCAUUACCGAAAAGAAAAUAUAAAGAAGAAAUUGAAGAAAAGCCACCUGCGUUACCAGCCAGAAAACCAGAACUUGAGAAGAUUAAUUUGUUGAAACCAGUUGCAAGAAAAUCGUCAUUUCCUAUGCCACUGAAACCUACGCAACUCAAUUUAAAUGUCAACUUGAAGGCUUCGAAUGAGUCAUCAGGUAAGCAUCGAUCUUUUAAAGAUAUUGAAGAAUUAAUAAAAUCUGGUAACACAGUUAAGAAAACGGCACCAAGACCACCUGAAAAAUUGACAAUAGAUAAACCUACGGUUACUUCACCAAAGACGCCAGUGAAACCAACUAAAGCCGAUUGGCUCACAUCAUUGUCUACAGCGAAGACCACUACAUCAACCCCGCAAGCGGUUUCACCUGAUUCAAAAAGACCAGUACCGCCUAUUAUUUCACAUAAAAAUUGGAUAGAUAGUGCUGUUAGUAAAACCGACACCAAACCUCCAGUGGAAAAACCUAGUAAACCAUCAUUUUUGAAAAAAACCACUAAACCAGAAAUACCCAAGAAACCAAAUUUACCAAAGGAAAACUUGUUUGAAACCGAAGAAGAAGCUGAAUUCAAAUUGAAAUUUAAAGAACUCAAGUCAGCAUCAGCAUCAGUAUCACCAGAAAAAGUCGAGAAAAAGAUUACUGGUGUUCCACAGAACAAGGUUAUAGUGGAAUUUGAAGCGAAGUUAGCACAACUUAGAUCUCAAUCGCCCACCAGGAAACCAAUUGAAAGAACAAAAGAUGAACAAGAAUAUCUUUCCAAAUUUGAAAAAGUAAAAGCUGGUCCCAUUCCACCACUAAGGCCCAAAAGUAUGACUUUUAACAAUCCACCACCAGAGUUUCAAAAACGAUUUGAAAAAAUUGUGACUAAAGCUCCACCCAAACCAAUCAAACCAUCUAAAGUAUCAUUGAGUACUUAUCAAGAAAAAGAUACUAAAGAAUUGAUGUCCCAGUUAAAGAGACUUGGCUCACCGAAGAAAGAGGAUCAAGAGAAGCCGAAAGUGGAGCACAAAAAAGAAGAGGAUACUAAAGAUAUUGUCACUAGUAAUGGUGGCAAUGAACAAUCCAAACGAAGAACACGGGGACCAAAAAGGAGAUUACCAAAGUUGAAAGAAAUAGGUGAUUUAAAACCAACGAGAGUGAUUAGUGGAGAGUUGUUUAUAUAG